GCUACAGCAGCUAAAGCUGGUGCUCGGCCUGCACCACCUCCAAGACCUUCGAGACCCAGGCCUCACCUUCCACAUCAAGGCAGCCAUCAAGCACCCUGGUUACAACCGCAACCUUGAAAAUGACCUGGCGCUGCUAAAGCUGGAUGGGCAGGUGCGGCCCAGCAGGAAUGUCAAACCGCUGGCUCUGCCAAGAAAGAGCCGAGCCAGGCCAGCAGAAGGCGCUCGGUGCAGCACCGCUGGCUGGGGGAUUACCCACCAAGGUGGGCACCUGGCACGGGCCCUGCAGGAGUUGGAUCUGCGUGUGCUGAACACCCGAAUGUGUAACAACAGCCGCUUCUGGAACGGUGCCCUCGAGGAAGACAUGCUGUGCUUGAAGGCUGCAGCCAAGAGCCAGGCACCCUGCAAGGGUGACUCUGGAGGGCCUCUGGUAUGUGGCAAAGGCCAGGUGGAUGGAAUCCUGUCUUUCAGCUCUAAAAACUGCACAGACAUCUUCAAGCCCCCUGUGGCCACCGCUGUGGCCCCCUACAGUCCCUGGAUCAGGAAGGUCAUCCAUCGCUGACCACACCAGCCUUGGGCCUGAUGUUCCAGAUGACCUCAACACUUACCGGCCUGGGUGGGAAAGGGUUAGACGUGCCUCUGGGGACCAAUAAAUCAUGAUGAGUCUGUUUCACCCA